AUGAAGCUCACACCCGAGCUCCUCUCCCGUAGCAGCUCCUCCAUCAACCAUCUCCAGGACCGUUCCGUCGAUCUCCGCGGACUCAAGAUCCCAGCCAUCGAAAACCUCGGCGUCACUCGAGACCAGAACGACUCGAUCGACUUUACAGACAACGACAUUCGCUAUCUCGGCAACUUUCCCCUUCUUCGACAACUCAAACACCUGCUUCUCUCGAAUAACUUAAUAUCUCGCAUCGACCCUCGGUUACCUUUCUCCCUUCCCUCUCUACACUCGUUAACACUUACGAAUAACUCGAUAUCAGACCUAUCCGAGCUUGUACACUUGGCCAAAUGCAGCAAGCUCGAGCAUCUAACAUUGAUGGGCAAUCCAGUUGGAAGGGAGCAGCAUUAUAGGGACUUUGUCAUCUGGAAACUGCCUCAGCUUAGAGUGCUGGAUUUUCAGCGGAUAAGGGAUAAAGAGAGGCAAUUGGCAAAGGAGUUGAUGGAGACUCAGGAUGCAAGGCCGUCAGCUUUGGCGGUCAAGUUGAUGGGUGGGGACAAGAUGGAUGUCGACAGUGCAGUUGCAGGGAAAGAAAGCACCUUUGAACCGGGGAGAUCAAACGGGUCGAGAAAGAGAUUUUUAACGCGCGAAGAGAGGAAAGCGAUUCAAGAGGCGAUCGAGAAGAGUGAGAGUUUAGAGGAGAUCAGGAGAUUGGAAGAGCAGUUGAAGAUGGGGCAUGCUUUCCUUGGCUCUUCGUAG